UGUCGGAGGGUGUGACCGAGCCCCAGCUGUGUGUCCGUAUAAAUACACUCUGUCCCGGCUUCAGUGUGUCUCCGCACCGGCAGCAGCUCCGUCUGGAAGGUCAAACACAUCAUGGCAGCGCCGAAGAAAGUCUGUGUGAUCGGCUCUGGUAACUGGGGCUCUGCCAUUGCCAAGAUUGUGGGUGCCAACGCAGCCAAGUAUGACACGUUUGACACCACGGUGAACAUGUGGGUGUUCGAGGAAACGGUGAACGGCCGUAAACUCACAGAAAUCAUCAACACAGACCAUGAAAACGUGAAAUACCUGCCCGGCCACAAGCUGCCCCCCAAUGUGCAUGCUGUUCCAGACUUGGUUGAGUCCGUGAAGGGAGCCGACAUUCUGAUCUUCGUGGUCCCUCACCAGUUCAUCAUAAGGGUGUGCGACACCAUUAAAGACCACAUCAAGAAGGAUGCUGUAGGAAUGUCUCUCAUCAAGGGUGUCGAUGCGGGUCCAGAGGGUCUGAAGCUGAUCUCAGAGGUCAUCCGAGGGAAGCUGGGCAUCACCAUGACGGUCCUCAUGGGAGCAAACAUUGCCAACGAGGUCGCUGAGGAAAAGUUCUGUGAAACAACCAUCGGCUGCAAAGACAAGGCUCAUGGGCCCAUGCUGAAGGAGCUGAUGCAAACCACCAACUUCCGUGUGACUGUGGUGGAGGAGUCUGAUGUUGUGGAGAUCUGUGGGGCGCUCAAGAACAUUGUAGCAGUGGGAGCGGGUUUCUGCGAUGGCCUGGGAUUCGGCGACAACACCAAGGCGGCAGUGAUUCGUCUCGGCCUGAUGGAGAUGAUCGCCUUCGCCAGGGUCUUCUGCACAGACUGCCACGUCUCUCCUGCCACCUUCCUGGAGAGCUGCGGCAUCGCUGACCUCAUCACAACCUGCUAUGGUGGACGCAACCGCAAGAUUGGGGAGGCUUUCGCCAAAACAGGCAAAACCAUUGAGCAGUUGGAGAACGAGCUGCUGAACGGUCAGAAGCUUCAGGGUCCAGCGACCGCAGCUGAGGUCCACCAAAUCUUGAAACAGAAGAACAUGGUGGAAAAGUUUCCUCUUUUCACUGCUGUUCAGCAGAUCUGCUUCAACGGCCACCCAGUCACAGAGUUCAUCAGCUGUUUGCAGAACCACCCAGAGCACAUGUAAAGGACUAAAUGCAUGGGUGGAAGCUGAGAAAGGACUUUUACACUAGAACUACUGUAUAACCCAGGUGAUUGUAGGGGGUGAAGGUUAGGACUACUUUCUUGUUUGAAACUCAAACAGAAAAGAAAACAAUGGAGCAGAGUUGCCCUCCUUACCUGAGCUGCUGUUUACCUGCUUCUGUUACACUACUGAGAGAGGCAUAACCUCUGUUUCCACCUGAUUAGAAACAUACAUGACUUAAACAGUUGCAUAAGUCUUAAAAUCUUAAGAAUUUACUUACACAAUACUUAAACCCCGACCUGAAUAUUAUGAAAUGUUACAUCAUUUCUCUGUUAAAGUGCCUCAACGUGCCUUUUCUCUGACAUUUGUGUUCCAACGGUAAACAAAGCGCUGAACACACAACAGACACCACUCCCACUGUGUUGUUUUUUUCCUCUUUCUGGACUUCUUAUGAUGAUUUAUUUUGGAAUAAAUUAUUGACUUCA